AUGGCGUCUGACCCUAGUCCGUCAGAAAAGACUGACGCCGUGCGAAAAGAAGGGCUCAAUGUAGUUGCUUCAACUACUACCGAGGGGCCCCCAUACUCUGUCUUCACCAAAUAUCAGAAACGAUACAUAGUCUUCUCGGCAUCAUGGGCUGGUUUCUUCUCGCCCGUCUCCUCGCAGAUCUACUUUCCUGCCUUGAACAGUAUCGCAGAUGACCUCGGCGUGACCGGCGCGCUGAUCAACCUUACGCUGACAAGUUACAUGAUAUUUCAAGGUCUCUCUCCUAUGUUUGUCGGAGAUUUUGCCGACAGGGCUGGCCGACGACCUGCAUACCUUGUGUGCUUUUUGAUCUAUAUCGCCGCCAACAUCGGGCUGGCAUUGCAGGAUAACUUCGCCGCCUUGUUUGUUUUGCGAUGUCUGCAAAGCGCCGGAAGCAGCACGACUAUCGCGCUCUCAGCAGGUGUCGUCUCAGACAUUGCCAUCGCUGCCGAGCGAGGGUCGUAUAUGGGCUUUGUCACUGCCGGGUCUUUGCUAGGACCAGCAAUGGGGCCCGUCGUCGGUGGUCUUCUCUCGCAGUAUCUCGGCUGGCGAUCGAUCUUCUGGUUUCUGACCAUCUUCACUGGUGCCUUUCUGGUUCCUUUCGUUCUUUUCUUCCCAGAAACAGCAAGAGCGAUCGUGGGGAAUGGAUCUAUCCCGCCGCCGAAGUGGAACAUGCCUUGGAUGGCUUUAUUUAGAGCUCGGAAGCAGCCAUUGCCUGAAGACUACAAUCGACCCAAGCUUCGAUUCCCGAAUCCAAUUCGAACACUAUCUAUCGUGUUCCAAAAGGAUAUCAGUAUCAUCCUUAUUGCGAACGCGAUCCUCUUCGCCGGUUUCUACGACGUCAGUGCGUCGAUUCCUUCGAUAUACGACGAAUUGUAUGGACUCGACGACCUCCAGAUCGGACUAUGCUACAUUCCGUUCGGCCUAGGCGCGACCGUAGCAUCUAUCGCCACUGGCAAAAUGCUAGAUUUCAACUACCGCCGCCUCGCAAAACAGCUAAACGUGCCCCUGCACGAAACCCGGAACCGCAAUCUCACCCACUUCCCCAUCGAAAAAGCCCGGCUCCAAAUCGCCCUUCCCCUCCUGGCGCUGGGCACAUUCACAAUUAUUGCCUUUGGCUGGUGCCUCGACUACGGCGUGCACCUCGCGGCCCCCACAACAAUUCUGUUCUUCAUGGGUCUUUUCCUUACUGGGUCGUUCAACACAGUCGGUACACUCCUGGUUGAUUUCUACCCGAGCAAUGCAGCUGCUGCGACCGCUUCGAAUAACCUUGUGCGGUGCUUGCUUGGUGCUGGUGCGACUGCACUGAUUGACCCUAUGCUCGAUGCUAUGGGGCGGGGAUGGUGUUUCACGUUCAUUGCGCUGGUGAUGCUCUGUACGGCGCCGUUACUCUGGGUGGUUAUAAGGUUGGGGCCGAGGUGGAGGAAGGAGAGGCAGGCGAAGAUUGAUGCGCUCGGUGCUUAG